UGACAGUGUUGGUGUGUAUUGACGGCUGUCACCGGGACUCUUGGGUUCUUAAUUGUUACUUGUUCAGAGGAGAAGUAAACAUCUCUCUUACAAAACACCAGUCAGCGGUGCAAGCUGAGAUUGCGAGCCGACUUCACAGCUCGGGGUUCAAGAGGGACCCUGAGGCCAGCCGUCCUUCUGGACAAGAGGCUUGUCGGAGCCAACAGCACCACGGAGGGUAGAGUGAGGGGGCUGGGGUUGCGCUCCAGGGUUGGAGGGUCCCUCCUUAACGGGUCCAGAGGGCAGAGGGCCACGUGACUGACAGGCUCACGUGACCGGCGAAAAGCUCAGGUCUUGCUCACGGGCGGUCUCUGAAGCCGCUCCGUGGGAAGUUUCGAAGUUAAGCGAGUUGCUUCUGGAAACCACCACCGACUCACUCCGCGCCUUCUCGUAACUUCGCAUUGCUCACGUGACCCCGCGCGGCCCUCCUCGCCUGGGAGCACGUGGCCCCACACAUCACAUCACACCACGGUCCCGUCCGCCUCAGCCUCAGAGCUCCCGGUCUCCGCGCCGAGCCGCUCGCCCCCCCCAUCGCUCCAGGGCGCCUGCGCAGACGGGGGACGCCGGCGGACAGAAACUCCUUUCCGUCCUGUGGGGUUCACCUUAACGCAGCCAUCAUGUCUGGCUCCAAUGGUGCCAAAGAGAAUUCCCACAACAAGGCCCGGACGUCUCCUUACCCAGGCUCAAAAGUUGAGCGGAGUCAGGUUCCGAAUGAGAAGGUGGGCUGGCUUGUGGAGUGGCAAGACUAUAACCCAGUGGAGUACACCGCGGUCUCUGUCCUGGCGGGGCCCCAGUGGGCGGAUCCUCAGAUCAGUGAAAGCAACUUUUCUCCCAAAUUUAAUGAAAAGGACGGGCAUGUUGAGAGAAAGAGUCAGAAUGGCCUGUAUGAGAUUGAAAACGGAAGACCCAGAAAUCCGGCAGGGAGGACAGGACUGGUUGGCCGGGGUCUUUUGGGGAGAUGGGGCCCAAACCAUGCUGCAGACCCCAUCAUAACCAGGUGGAAGAGGGAUGAGCACGGGAAUAAAAUCACACAUCCGGUUUCCGGGAAGUGCAUCUUGCAGUUUGUUGCAAUAAAAAGGAAAGACUGUGGCGAGUGGGCAAUCCCUGGGGGCAUGGUGGACCCCGGAGAGAAGAUCAGUGCCACGCUGAAAAGGGAGUUUGGAGAGGAAGCCCUCAACUCCUUACAGAAGUCCAGCGCGGAGAAGAGGGAGAUCGAGGAGAAGCUGCAUGCACUCUUCAGCCAGGAGCAUCUUGUGAUAUACAAGGGCUACGUUGAUGAUCCGCGGAACACUGACAACGCGUGGAUGGAGACGGAAGCUGUCAACUACCACGAUGAAACAGGGGAGACCAUGGACAAGCUCACCCUGGAGGCUGGGGACGACGCGGGGAAGGUCAAGUGGGUGGACAUCAGCGACCAGCUCAAGCUCUAUGCCAGCCACUCCCAGUUCAUCAAGCUUGUGGCCGAGAAGCGGGAUGCACACUGGAGUGAGGACUCUGCUGCUGGCAGCCAUGGGCUGUAGCUUGUCCCUGCAAGCCAGAGGCCAGCAGUGUCCCGGAACUUACACUCACAAAGGCCACCGGGAAGUGUUUGCACUGAGGUAAAAUGACUGAUACAAUGAAGAGGAACACUGACUUCUCAGCUUUCUUCUCUAAGGGAUUAGAGACUGUCCGAUUUUGUAUGUAUUUAAGCAUGACUGAACCAAAUUUAAAUAGCUAAUGUUCUUUGAAGAAUUGUAGUUACAAUAAAAAUAAAACCCAGCUGGUGGUGA